CGAUGGCUUACCGAUGUGUUUUGAGCUGCGAUUCUUGGUGUUUUUAGGUCGACUUUCACCUCUGAGCUCACUUCCGCAGCUGGAUUUGAAAUUCGUAUCAUGGUUUAAGGCCUUUUGCUCGGAUUCGAACUGAACUUUCACUGUUCAUAAACGAUGAAGAGCGAUUCGGUCGUCGUCUUGCUGCUACGAUUUUUAGAUUUUUGUUCGAUUAUCAGUAACGUUUGAGCGAUUCUGGUUUCUGAAAUCUAUUUGUGUUUCGGCGUAUCAAGAAGAGGCCCUGCGACGAAGUCUAAAAUUCGUAUUUUGAGCUCUUUCCGAUCCAAAUUUUGAAUUCUGUACUUGUAUUUGAUAUCAACUGUGUUAGCAAUUUGUUAUUUGUGCUCUGAUUUUCAACUGCGAUUUGGGGCGUGCUCUUUGUGAUUUGGGGCUUUUUUUCGAUUUCUGAGGUGCUUGGAAACGAGGACGAUGGCUGGGGAUCGUUCCAGCUCCAAAAAACAGGGGAAGGGUGUGCAAACCCCUUCCAUAAGUACCAGGUCCAGGGCAGCAGCAGGAUUUAAUGUCUUGGAAGGGCUGGAUGAGAAUUUCCCUACCCUUACUGUUGGAAAUUCUGGGACGAAGCUUUCUGGGAAAACUGCAGCUUUGCAGGUUGCUGCUAUUGAUGGGGGGACUGCCCCGGCCCAGGGCAUUAAUGGGAAAAGUGCAGCACUGCAAGUUGCUGCUAUUGAUGGGGCGACUACCUCGGUCCAGGACAUUAAUGGGAAACCUCUACCUGCUGGGAAUCCUUCUGCUACUACUGAGGUUUUAACUGAUUUUACUAAGCCUAGGGUCUUUGAGCUGGUCUCACCUGCUGCUGGGACAGUUCCACCUGCUGCAGGGAGUGAGAAGAAGACACCUCCCGGGAAGUCAAGUGCUCCAAUGCCUCCUGCGCAGGCUACUGUGGGAGUAAUAA